AACAGGAUGUGGAAGUUCCUUACAAAUACAAACCCAAUUUUAUGAAGAUGCUGACGGAAUUUCUGGUUAGAAGCGCAUUCAUGUUGACCAAUUAGGUUUUUAUUAAUAUUAUAAUUAAAGGACUAGGAUUUAUCCUGAGUUUUGCUUCACCACACGGAACAUAAAAUUAGUUAGAGGGGAAGAGAGCGAUGCAAAGCCGGAGUAAAGAAGACGACGCAACGACAAGCUGUUUUGUUGUUUGGAUUACCAAUGUUGGUUUUCUUCUAAUUCCAACUCAUAUUUUCCAGGAAGAUACGAUUGCAUUCAAUUUAUAAUGAUAAAAUAGUGUAUGACGACUGGAACAGUGGGGUGCGAUCAAACCAGUUUUUAAAAAAAGGGGAAGAAAUGGCCUUUUUGGACAAUCCGGCGAUUAUUUUGGCCCACAUCCGACAGUCUCAUGUGACCAGUGACGAUACAGGAAUGUGCGAAAUGGUGCUAAUUGACCAGGAUGUGGAUCUGGAGAAGUGUCAUCUAGCUCUGGUGCCUGGCAGCAGCUAUGAGUCAACGCUGUUAGGUUCCUUAAAUGAGGGGUUCAGCACCGUGACAGACAGUCACACUUGUGACCUUUCCCAGUCUAUGGACAUCACCUCCAGCUGGGACUUUGGCAUCCGUCGACGCUCCAACACAGCCCAAAGACUUGAAAGACUGAGGAAGGAACGUCAAAACCAAAUAAAAUGUAAAAAUAUACAAUGGAAAGACCGAUCCUCACAGUCAGUGGAGGAUCUGGGAUCCUUUUUUGAAAAACGUGAUUUUAAAGAUAGAGCGCGGUCGACAUGUAUGAAAUCUACACUUUCACUUCGACUGGAGCAGUGUCCCCAGCAGCUCAACAACCCCUUCAAUGAAUACUCCAAAUUUGAUGGCAAGGGCCAUAUUGGCACAACAGCGACAAAAAAGAUAGACGUCUACCUCUCCAUGCAAAUGAGCCAGGAGAAAGUUCAUCCCAUGACAGUUGUUACCAUUGCUAACGCCCGCGUUCAUGAUCUCAUUGGGCUUAUCUGUUGGCAAUACACAAGUGAGGGACGAGAACCCAAACUUAAUGAAAAUGUGAAUGCUUACUGCCUUCAUAUUGCGGAAGAUGAUGGUGAGGUGGACACAGACUUCCCUCCUUUGGAUUCAAAUGAACCCAUCCACAAGUUCGGUUUCAGCACUCUGGCAUUGGUGGAGAAGUACUCCUCGCCUGGUCUUGGUUCAAGACAAUCACUGUUUGUAAGAAUAAAUGCUGCUCAAGGUUUCUCUUUAAUCCCAGUGGACAGUCUGAAAGUAACCAUGAAGGAAAUUCUUCAGAAAGCUCUCAAGAAGAGGAAAGGAUCCCAGAAAGGUUCAGGGCCUCUGUAUCGUUUGGAGAAACAAACAGACCCAAAUGUUGCUGUAGACCUAGACUCCACACUUGAGACCCAGAGCACUCUGGAGUUUUGCCUUGUCAGAGAAAACAGCUCCAGGGGUGAGGAGAGUUCAGAGGAAGACCCACCAAUUGACAUCACCACAGUCCAGGAUAUGCUGAGCAGCCAUCACUAUAAGUCAUUCAAGAUUAGUAUGAUACAUAAGCUGCGUUUUACAACAGAUGUUCAACUUGGAAUUUCAGGAGAAAAAGUAGAGAUUGACCCUGUCACCAAUCAAAAGGCAAGCACUAAAUUUUGGAUUCGGCAGAAACCCAUUUCUAUUGAUUCAGACCAUCUAUGUGCCUGUGACCUUGUCGAAGAAAGAAGCCCCAACCAUGCCAUAUUCAAGAUCACUUAUCUGAGCAAUCAUGACUACAAGCCUCUCUAUUUUGAGUCAGAUUCUUCUACAGUCAAUGAAAUAGUUCUAAAGGUGAACUACAUCCUUGAGUCACGGGCCAGCACUACACGGGCUGAUUAUUUUGCCCAAAAGCAGAGGAAACUAAGCCGUCGAACAAGUUUCAGUUUCCAGAAGGACAAGAAGACUGGCCAGUAGAAGGACUAAAUCUAUGCAGCUAUCAUUUUGUCUGGAAAAGGACAGACGGGCACACAAACAAGCCUCCGUCAAAAUUUUGCCGAGUAACUUGCCAAAAAGCAAACAAAUAUGUCUAGGGAGUGGAAAGCAGGCAACUGAGUACUGCUGUUGAUACAUUGCAUGACUUUCCUCUGUGUACAUAGAUUUUAUCCAGACACUCAAGCUUUCACCUUCAAUCCAAUCCAAAACAAAAAAUGUUUAUUCUUUGGCUUUUUAAAAUGUAAAUAAAGGUUUGAGAAGUUGUGUA